CCGCGAUGCCUACGGAGGAAGAGCUCGAUAUCCGUCUCCAACAGGCCACUCGGCGGAGACUGGCGAAGUUCGACGAGCUGCGAGGUAAAGUCACACAAGCUAGAGAAUUCUGGGAUGCUGUUGUGAUUACAGCAGCUGACCAAAAGCAGCAAUUGGCUUAUGAGCAACAGCUAUCAGAAAAGUUGAAAAGAAAGGAACUUCCCCUUGGAGUACAUUACCAUGUUUUUGUGGAUCCCCCUGGACCAAAAAUUGGAAAUGGUGGAUCAACACUGCAUGUCCUUCAGUGCUUGGAAGAGAUGUAUGGUGAUACAUGGACGUCUCUUACAAUCAUAUUAAUUCAUUCUGGUGGCUAUAGUCAACGUUUACCAAAUGCAAGUGCACUGGGGAAAAUUUUCACAGCUUUGCCUUUUGGUGACCCUAUUUACCAGAUGUUGGAGCUAAAAUUGGCAAUGUACAUUGAUUUUCCUGCCCAUAUGAAUCCAGGAAUUCUCAUUACUUGUGCAGAUGAUAUUGAACUGUAUAGUAUUGGAGCAACAGAAGUUAUCAUGUUUGAUAAACCUGGAUUCACUGCAUUAGCUCAUCCUUCAGAUUUGGUUAUUGGUACCACUCAUGGAGUAUUUGUGUUGGAUUCAUCUGGUAUUUCAGAAAAGGAGCUUGAAUACAGAUCUUGUCAUCAUUUCCUACAUAAACCUAGUAUUGAAAAGAUGCAUCAGUCUGGUGCAGUAUGCAUAAGGAGGAAUUGCUCUCAAUCAAACUCUUCUGGAGAACAUAGUGACUUAAAAAUGGACUAUGAGUAUGUGUAUACAGACAGCUUAUUUUACAUUGAUCAUAACAUUGCAAAACAAUUACUAAUAUUUUUUAAGCAGCUGGAUACUCUUUGCUGUGAAAUAGAUGCAUAUGGUGAUUUUCUCCAAGCUCUGGGACCUGGAGCAACUGAAGAUUACACAAAAAACACUGAUAAUGUCACAAAAGAAGGAUCACAGUUAGUAGAAGUAAGACAGAAGCUAUUUUCUUUUCUUAAAGGAACAUCACUUAAUGUUAUAGUCUUAAAUAACUCUAGGUUCUAUCAUAUUGGGACUACACAAGAAUAUUUAUUUCAUUUUACUUCUGAGAGUAAAUUGAAAUCGGAGCUUGGCUUACUAUCUAAAGCAUUUAGCAUCUUUCCAGAUAAAACGGAAAACUCAGAUAUAUCAGCAUGUAUCAUUCAAAGCAUACUGGAUUCAAGAUGUGAUAUAGCACCUGCCUCUGUUAUUGAAUAUUCUAGGCUGGGACCUGAGGUUUCAGUAGGAGCAAACAGCAUUGUCAGUGGUUGUUGCAUAAGUGCUAAAGCAGAUGUACCACCAAAUACUUUUGUGAGUUCACUGAGCGUCAGGAUUAAUGAAAAAGUAAUGUAUGUGAGUGUGGUGCUUGGCAUCGAAGACAACUUGAAAAAGAAUGUGACACUGUUGUCAGACAUACAUUUCCUUCAGCUUUUUGGAGUCAACUUACUGCAGUGCUUGGAUCUUUGGGACCUGAGAAUUUCAGACCAACUCUUCUCUGGUGACAAGACAAGCUUAGGUUUGUGGAGUAUUCGGAUUUUUCCUGUUUGUUCUACUUUAAAUGAUUCAAUUAGUGUGUCAUUAAAGAUGUUAAGUGCUGUACAAAAUAAGUCAGCUUUCAAACUGGGUAGCUGGAAGCUCCUGUCUAUUGAAGAAAUGCUCUUCUACAAAGAUGUAGAAUACAUGCUGAAGUUCAGGCAGCAAAUUUAUGAAGAAAUCACUCUAAAAAGACAAAAAGAGAAAUCUGAUUUAUAGAUGUGCUGCAUUUUAAAUAUGAAGAUGAUUGAUUGUUUUCAAGCUUGUAAAACCCAAAAGCAAAAAGUGUAGAACUUUUUUCUGAUUUAAUUGAAGUAGAAAUAAUGAAAUUGCAUUAACAGUGUUAUUGUAGCAUAACAUUAGUAAUGCAGAAAACACAGAUAAACUAUUCUUUUGAUGAAAGAAUUAAUGAAAUAUUUCAAAUAUAUGAAAACACGAAGAGAUGAAUAUUCUUGGCGUAUCCAUAAUGGGUCUUUUUUUUAGCUUUGUUAAUAAGAAUAUGGAAUGAACGUUAAUUAGGAGUUUGAAAAAGUUUUAAGUAGUUUUCAGUCUACAGUGUUGGCUCCUGCAACAUGGUGUGACCUAGCAAACAUCUUUUCACUAUAUCCUUCGAAAAUUAGUAUUUCAAAAUGUGAAGGAAAUUGCAUAUAUUUAUAUCUGUAAGCCAACUCAGAAAUGGUUUGGAUAAAAUACCUCAUGUAACCUAUCAAUUUUAAUGUUACAAUCUGUUGGAUCUGUAUAUCCAGAUUUGGUGCAUGUUAGGAUAUAGUUGUGUAAAUAAUUAACUGAUAAGCCUGGGUUUAUCGGUUAAUCCAACAACUGCAUGCAUUUCCUCCCCAUUGCUGCCUCUGCAAGGGGGAAGUGGGAGAUGGAAGAUGGUGCCUGUGGGGAGCCAGCUUUUAAGCUGCAGAGCUGCCUGCCCUCCCCACCACCACGCUGCUGCCUGUGAUGGAGAGGUAACAGUGCAGAGGGUGAGAGGAGCAGGCAGGAGCCAGUACACAUGGGGAGCUGUAUUACGGGCUGCUGAAUGUGAAGUUAGAAAUAUGAAAUAUGAGUCUGUUUAUAGCUUUAAAUGUGCUAAUGAGAACCAUUACCGAUGCCCUACAAACCUAAUGACUUGGUGAUCAACUUAACCUGCAAACAGCCUUGUUUGUCCUUUAAGUCCAUAAGGUGGUUGGUCCUAUGAAAACAUGUGACCAUACCACCUGAUACUGGGAUUUAUGAACCUGGUAUUUUUUCAUGGAAGGGGAAGAUAUA